AUGUAUCUCCUUGUCUGUGUUGAUGAUCUCAUUCUUACAGGCAACCAUCAGCCAACUAUCAAAUCAUUCAUUUCAUGUCUCAACAAAGAGUUUGCAAUCAAGAAUCUUGGAAAACUCAACUACUUUUUGGGAUUGGAGGUUACCUACACUCAAAAUGGCCUUUUCUUAAAUCAAUCCAAAUACACUUUAGACAUUCUAACUCGUGCUAAAAUGUUGGAUGCUAAACCCGCUCCAACACCUUUUAGCACCAAUGUUUCUUUUGUCUCUACAGGUACCAAGUUUUCGGAUGCUACUUUCUAUCGAUCGAUUGUAGGUGCUCUCCAAUAUUUGACGAUCACAAGACCUGAUAUUUCUUAUGCUGUCAAUCAAGUCAGUCAGUUUCUUCAUGCUCCAACUACAGAUCACUUUCAGGAGGUGAAGCGAAUCUUGCGAUAUCUUAAAGGAACUAUUGCAUUUGGGUUACAUUACAGUCGUCCUACUUCCACUUCGCUUCUUGGUUACUCUGAUGCUGAUUGGGCACGUUGUUUGGAGACUCGCCGUUCUACCUAUGGUUAUUCUAUAUUUCUUGGUGGAAAUUUGAUUUCUUGGAGUGCUAAGAAGCAACCGACGGUUGCUAGAUCUAGUUGUUAA